AUGAACUGGUUCAAACAAACCUUGGCCAAUGUUGCGGGGACCCAGGAGCCCAUAUAUGGCCCACAGGCCAUCCAGUCAGUGACAGCGCAGGCACAGGCGUUGGAAACCCCAUACCGGGAGUUAACGAAGGAUGAUUUGCGAUGGAGGGCGAUGCAGUCUACUUGCGUUGAGACUCAGACCUUCUAUCUCUUUUCUGAUAGUGGGGAGCUUGCUAUGCUCCAGGUUAUCUAUAGCAAUGUCGCCGGACUCCACACGACCUGCCAUUUCAAUUCCAAGAUCUACGGAACGGACGGCAAAUCACCGCAUAUAUGGUGCAGUGACUCUGUUCAUAAUUAUAUGUUCGAUGAAGACAUGCUCUCCUUUGGCGGGGACAACAUCGCCCUCACGCUCAAUGCUGAGGGUGAUACAUACUCCAUCAAAUCAGCCAUUAAUGAGGACAGCCUCGUCAAUAUCAAUUUGAAACGAGCCGCGCCGGGUUUCGCGAUUGGACAGAAUGGCACCUCGAACUUUGGCACUGAUCCGGAAAACCCGUGGGGGAGCAUGCGUCAUGUGUUUUGGCCCAGAUGUACAGUCGAGGGUACCAUUGUUACGCCGGAGAGGGAAAUUGAUUUCAAAGGUCAUGGCCUGUUCAUUCAUGCCCUCCAAGGCAUGAAGCCUCAUCAUCUUGCCGCUCGGUGGAAUUUUGGAACUUUCCAAUCCCCAACGUACUCGGCGGUGUUCAUGGAGUACACCACACCUCCUUCAUACGGCUCCACCAUUGUGAGCGUUGGUGGCAUUGCAAAGGACGGUGAAAUCGUUGUUGCAGGACCAGUCAAACCUGCGAUCCAUGUCGAAUCCGCCGAAGAUACCUACAACGACUGGCCGGAACCCAAGUCGAUUAAGUUCACCUGGGAUGGGAAAUCUAAGGACGGCAAGGCUGUCGAAGCAGUCUUGGAGGGUUCUUUGGGUGAACGCCUUGAUCGUGUUGAUGUUAUGGCAGAGGUUCCGGGUUUUAUAAAGUCCAUUGUCGGAAGUGUUGCUGGAACAAAACCAUACAUUUAUCAGUUUUCGCCUCAAGAGAAGCUUUCCCUGAAUAUUCGCGUCGGGGACACUGAGGAUACAGAGCAAGGCACACUCUAUUCGGAGGCAACUUUCAUCUCUUAG